GAAGGAACAUCUGCAAUGGACGAUGACAGUUCAGUGUUCUUCAAGAAUGAUUGUAGUGCGAUACUUUCACAGCUUAAGGAGCAAGAUGAGCAGAUUCGUCUCAAAAGAAGGUGGCUGUUGGGUUGUGAUAUGUCUGAAUCCAAGGACAAUUCUCAUGGAAAGACUGAAUUCGUCCCUGAAUCUUUGCUCAGGGAAGAUGAUAUAUUCUACGAGACCAUUAAGUCACGAGUAGAGGAGGCGUUUGGAUUUUGCAAGAAUGAACAAGUAUGCAAUGAUGUUCAACCAAAAGAUUUGAAGUUCAGAACUCUCGAGGUUGACAGAAAGCUUCAUUUUUUGACGAAUAAAGGUCUUCAUCUUAUUGCAAUGAUACUCACAGGGGGCUCUGCUUCAUUUGACAAGACUCGAUGGAAGAUGAAAGAGACUAUCAGAGAUUCGAUCAAUAAGGAUUUCGGAAAGGGAAAAGAACAUAUUGGUAAAGAAGACAUUAUUAAUCAGCUGCAUCAAGUUCUUAGUGAUCCCUCAAAUUUCCGGGAAGGUUGCAUGAUGAAUUUGGCGAAAACAUCUACUUUGCAGUCCCGUCGUGAUGCUGCGAUGAAGGUACUUAACGAGCUAGAUAGUUUGUCGACGCAGACCCUACGUGCAAUGAAAAGGAAACUUAAAGGUUCAAGAAUGAUACCUCAAUUGAAAACAAGUAGAUUUGGUCAGAGUCGGAGUGAUCUUAUAAACCAAGUGAAGCAAGCUAUCGAGAAGAUGCUCUCAGAACUUUCUGCAGGGGAUAAACUGCAGGAGCGAUUGGCUAAAGCGUUGUCAUUAGUAGAUUUAUCACUUAAGCUAAGUCCUGGCUACAAAACUACUGCUUCCACAGAUUUUUUUAAGUUCUCACAAGAAACAAAGAACCUGCAGAAUGAGAUAGUGAAGGCAAUCUGGUUACUCCGUAAGGUCAGGUUUCGCGAGCUGAAAAGAUUGCAUCUUUGUUUAGACCCGGAAGUUGAAAUAUCAAAUGACAGUUUAAGAUCAGCGGUCAGAAAAAUGUUGAUUGAGUAUCUGUUUGAGUGCAGUGAUAUGGACACCAUUCCAAAGUCUUUAAUGGAAGCUCUUUCAUUGCUCAACAGGAGGACGCGAAAUGUAGAGCAUAAGAUUUUUCCAAGGGAAGCGAUUGAGGAAGAGACAGAGUGUAUACUAAAUGUGAGUGCUCAAGUGAAGCAAAUACUUUGUCAAUGUAUUCCAAAUUAUGAGCUCGAUCAGGACUUUGAUGAUGCUUAUAUGGAGGAGCUAGUAGACAGUGAAGAUGACGAUGAUUAUGAGACUUGUAAUUUAUUUGAAAACGAGAAAUUUGGUAAUAAAGAGAGUGGAUGGCGAAACAUAAAGCAUGAAGUCAAAGACACUCAAGAUGCUGCAAUGGAGUCCUCUGAUUCGGAUCAUGAAGAAAGUGGUGCAGAAUGCGUGGUUUUGGACCCGACUGAUACUACACACGCAACCAAUCAGCAUGAUUUCAGCUCUUCUGUCAAUAGGGUGGUGAUAAGAGACCUGCCAGAGAGUAUUACUAGAGUUCAUCCUAGGUCUCCCUAUGUCACUCCCACGUCGAAUAAAUCAACUCUGAUGAGUGAUAAACAUGACGCAGGUACGAGCGAAAUCCGAGUCAAGGUUGAGAGAGAUAUUGAGAUGGAAGUAGAUAACCAGUUUAGCUCUCGGUCAUUGUUUUCUGUUGAAAAUAUAAAGUCUGAUGAUCAUGGUGAGCAGAAGCCACGCAGAAGAAACAAAAACCAGUACCUCGCAGUCCAAGAAAUUUCUGAUGAGACAAGCUUGGUUGCACAUAACUUAAUCGGCCGCUUACUAGAGAAAUUUGCAGAUCGUCAAGGUCUAGACUUAGAAGCGGAUGAACGUUCAUAUCUUGGAGGCGAGUCAAGGCUUCAAAAAGAUAUAGAAGUUGCAGUGAGUGGAAAAAAGCAAUCGUCAUUGAAAGAAAAGUCAGAUGAGGCAAUCAUUCUUUCUGCUGUCAAAGAGCUAAUGCCAUCCCUUGAAGAGAGAGUCUUGAUGAAACUAAAAGAGCUGAUGGAUGUGAGCUAGCAUCAGUGAAGUAGCAGUGAAAUGGAGAAGAACAAAGGGUAUUGAGAUGAACACAACAAAGAAAACGAUUUUGCAUCACAUUUGUUUGGCUUUAACUUAGUUCUGAAAUCCCUGGCUUAUGUAAGAUCAUAAUGUGUUCUGUUUUUAGAUAUGAAAGAUGUUCACUCUGAAAUGUGUUCAGUCGAUUGUAAACAGUGAAAUAACAUACACACGAAUUGCGUUAGAAUA